AUGGAAAAGACUCCGAGUCUUCGGACAUCGGCAAAAGUAACUUGGCAGUCGAGUUUGUCUUUUCUGUGGCAGAGUCGGUCUGUGCCCGACUCGACCUGGGCCUCUGCCAGCCGCAGCUUUCCGUGGGAGCACGCACUCGUCAUCUGGAGCAAGCGCAGAGAGAGCAAGGACCGAGAGUUUGCUUCCCGCCAGCUGUGCCGCACCUAUGCGCGAGACCAAUGGAUUUCUGCUCUAAGCAUGCUUGCAACCAUGAGGGCUGAACGUGCUGUGCCUGACCUGGUCUCGCACAAUAUUGUCUGCAGCGCGGUCAGGAAGCAUGGUCCGUGGCGACGGGUUUGUCUGCUAGUGAAUGGAGUUUGGAUGUUCAGCCUGUCCCCAGAUGCUGCUACUUGCUGUGUGGCAAUUACCGCCGCCCAAUCAUGGCAGCGGUGGCAGGCGGCAGCAGAAUCGUUUUCCAUGUUCUUGCGACAAGCCUUGGUCCCCAACGUGAUCCUGUACAAUGCGCUGGUCAGUGCCUCUUCUAAAAGCGGCUCGUGGCAGCAUUCGCUCGCGACAUCGACAGCUAUGCAGGACGGGCGAAUCGUGAGGGAUGUUGUCGGGUACAAUUCUUUGAUGUAUGCUGCGGAUGCGAGCAAUAGGUGGCAGGCCGCACUGCAUGUCUUUUCCACACCGCCAGAUGGCAUUAUACCCAACACCGUUUCGAACGGCACCUGUGUGACUGCUUGCCAGAGAGCAAGGCGCUGGCAGAUAGCAUUUCACCAUUCACAAGAUUUUACGAUUUCCCCCGUUGUACAAAAUGCUGCUCUCGCUGCCUCGGUUCAGGGGAGGGCCUGGCGACAGACUUCAAGACUACUUCAGGCCGGUCACGACGAGAACUUGGAGCUGGGACUGGUAACAUUGAACACCAUUCUGAGUGGGUCUUCGUCGGCCAAAAACUGGCUACAGGCUCUCCUGGUCUUUCACGAGGUCGCGGUUGCCAGGGUUCAGCUGGACAGCAUCUCAUACGGAUCCGUCGCGGGCGUGGCUGCAGGAGGCGACUGGGAGCUGCCGCUCCAGCUCCUCACAUGGAUGGCUGCCAAAGGCCGGGCCUUCAGCGUGGUAUCUCUCACCGAAGUGGCACGUGCGUGUGGGAAGAAGGGAGCAUGGAAUGCAGCCUAUGACACACUUGCUGUGCUUUCUAGGGUGCAUGUAAGACCGAAUGUGAUUACAAGUAAUGUGGUCCUGAAUGCGCUGGAGACUAGAAACCUUUGGAUCGAGGCAUUGAGUUUGGCAACUGCCUCCUGCAGCAAAGCCGUGCAGACAAGUGAGGUGUCGUUUGGCUCUCUCUUGGGCGCCUCUGGCAACAAUCCAGGGCGCUGGCAAAUCGCACCGCUCCUGCUUGAACGGGCAGAUGUAGCAGCUUCUGCGAGCAGCAUUGUCUUUAACAUCGCCAUCUCGAGGCUGGGGGAAGUCAAGAAGUGGCCAAAUGGGGUAUCGCUUUUACAAAAAAUGCUCGAACGCAGCCUGGAGACUGACUCUUCCACUUGGACCUGCCUCGUCAGCUCUUGUGAUCGCUGGGAAACGGCUUUUACCUUCAUAGACCCAGGGCCAGAAGUUCGAGUUCUGAACGCUGCAAUCAGUGUUGCUGGUGGAGAUAGACAAUGGCAACGAGCCCUACCCCUUUUGCUACAAUGCCGUGCUUGGUCUUUGCAGCAGACGUCUGUCACUGUAAACGCGGCUGUAGAUUCGAUAGCCCGAGGUGCGAAUUGGGAGCUUACAUGUUGCUUUCUGGCUCGUUCUGCGAGUCUGGCAGUGGAAGUUUCAGAUUCCGGAUUCAGUAUGGCAGUGAACAGUUGUGAGAAGGCAGUCUUGCAGCUGGCCGUGCCCUUCCUCAGCCUCAACGGGGCAAGGCAUGUUCGCACCUAUACGCCGUGCUUGAACGCCGUGCACGAGGCAAUCUUCGGCGAGAACAUGAGAGAUGUGGUUGGUCCCUACUGCUGUGCGCAGUUUGUGGUCCAGGACAAACAGAUCCGCGAGCGGCCGCUGGAGUUUUAUCAGCGGAUGCUGAGGCUGGUCGACGGCACCAUGCAGCACGAUCUGUGUUAUCCAGGCAAGGUCAAACGCUCUACACACUGCUACGGCAUGGAGUUCACGUGGCACCUCGUGUUCGGCGAGGAGUACGACCCGCCUUUGCGCCAGGAUGACCAGCGGCUUCCGCUGCCUUUGCGUCUCAAGUUCGGUAACGAGUUCAUCCGAAGGGACUGGAACGACGUGGUUCUCAACCCCAGCACUCCGAAGAAGAUCGUGGAAGAGAUCAACUAUGACCAAAUGACCGUGGUUGUAGCUUCUGGAUAUUUUGAUCCCCUGCACUAUGGCCACAUCGAGUACUUGCAACGAUCACGGGACCUCGGUGACAAGCUCAUCGUCAUUGUCAACAACGACACUCAGGCGAAGGACAAGAAGGGCCAACCCUUCAUGCCUGCACGAGAGCGGGUAAAGCUCGUUCGAUCCUUGGCCUGUGUCGAUGCAGCCAUCGAAGCCAUCGAUCAGGACCAAACAGUUCGAAGAACCCUCAGAUUACUGCAUCCGGAUAUCUUCACAAACGGUGGGGAUAUCAAGAACGAGGAUGUCCCAGAGGCUGAUGUUUGCCGAGAGCUGGGUAUCAAGCUGAUAGAUGGCUUGGGAGACAAAGUACAGUCUUCGUCCUGGCUGAUCAACAAGAUCGCCAAGCCAGCAGUCAAUGGUACCUCAGUCAAUGGUACUUCAUCAGGCUACGCCUCGCCAGACUCGCCGGACAGCUGA